UGCUAACCCGACCAUUUUGACGCGAUUUCGGAGCCCCACUCUUCUCAUAAGAAAAACACAUUUAACUCGACAGUAUACAAAAUCUGAUAUGUGUGCGUGAACAAUAUAUAAAUAUGAGUUAAAUAGUUAAAAUCAAAUUAGUGGAUAACAAGUGCACGCACCCAUUAAUGGGAUAGCGUUAAAUAAUAAUAAAUGGAUAAAAAUGCUACCUGCAGCCGCCGCUGCUUCUUGUGCAAGAGAGAAAAAUCGUUCUUGUUCACCACUGCCACACUCCUCAGUGACAGUAUCGUCGUCCUGCUGCCAUCGCCAUCGCCGCCGUCGUCGUCUGCUUCCCCUGCCCCUGUCCGUUCCUUUGCUCUACGCACGCAUCGAUUUGGGCUGAACGUUAGAUACCUCCUAACGCAGUUGUUAGGGUGGAAAAAAAUAAUAAGUACAUAAUAAAUAAAACAAAUGCAAUGCUGUGCGAUUCUUUAUUUGAGAAAAUACUAAAAUACAAUAUCCGGUCCAAGUGGGCUGGCCGCCACACGGAGGGAAACGAAGAAUUAAAGUGCAAUACCACAGGGGCAUGGACAAAUAAAACGGAAUCAAACGAGCCCCAAUCGAAACAAACAAAUUGAAACAGAAGGCGGCACAUGCAGUCGUUUCUAAAUCAUUAACGUGAACGGAAAUAUAAAUAAAAAUUUGUGCAACGAAACGGUUAAUCAAGUGGCUUCCCCAUGAAGACUAUGUCGCGCUUCGGCCUGCGCCGGGGCUUCAAGUUGUCCGAGGAGCAGGUCAAUGGCAAGAAUCCAAUUGGACCAAUAGCGGCGAUCAGACCGUCGCCAGCUGGUUCAUCCGGACGGAAGAAACGGCAGCUGAGGCACGAACAAGACGACGAGGAAGAGGAGCAGCAACAGCCACUGCCACUCCCACACCCACACCCACACCAACUCCCACUCACACUGGAAGAGGAACAGGAACAGGGACAGGGGUCAAGUGCUCAGCAACAGCCAUCACUGAUCUGCAGAUUACCCCUGGAACGUCUGCCCCGACUGGUGGAGAAGCUCAAGAUUCUCAUAGAGGACCGGCCGCGGGAAAGAGACCUUGACCUUGAUUCUGGCCCGGGGUCCGGCCAAAAGAAAGUCUUGUGUUUGUACUGUGAUAGAAAGUUCGCCUCUGGCAAGCUGCAGGGCAAGCAUGUGGACAAGUUCCACACGGAGCGGCAGGAGAGGCGCUGCAGCGGUCGGUCCACCAGCAGCUCCGGAAGCUCGCAUCCAACCGGAGGAUUUCCCGGCUGCCAACACUGCUCCGGCAGCAGGAAGCACUCGAUGCUGCCACAGAUAUGUCUGCCCGUCAAGCAUCUGGAUCAGCUGUUCCUCCACCUCAUCCAGAUGCAUGCGGACAAGUACUUUGGUUGCCAGCCGUGCCGACUGCGCUUUCAGGAUGCGGACCAGCUCACCGGCCACCGCCGACAGCACCACCACCUCGAGGAGCCGCCAUCGCCGAAACCCGGACUGAUGGGAGCCGACGAGCCGGUGCUCUUUCGCCUUGGUCUCACCCAGAACCGCUUGCCCAGUCACCGGAACCGGCAGCGGCGGGCAGGCGACGACGAGCAGCCGCCCCUGGCCAUGCCCCACAAGUCAAGGAGCAGCAGCCGGGCGGCAGCCCAGCGACAGCACCAGCAGCAGCAGCACAUGCCGGCGACCGCCAUUCAGCCCAUGGGUCAAGGCCAUAACCAUGGGCAAUCCCAUCCGGACGCAGCUCCAGACGCUGUCUUCCGGCAGCCCAGCACCUCGGCCUGCGUCGCGGUCAGCUCCAGCGGCAGCGCCAACUCGCAUGUGUUUGAUGAGAACUUCUACAAGGAUGUCAUCCUGAAUGUCCAACAGAAUCUGCAGAACUAUCUCGAUGGACGGCUCCACACCUCCCCCAUAGCGUCAGUAGCAGCAUCAGCAUCAAGUGGCGCCUCUGGCUGUGGCUCUGGCUCCAUGACCACAUCCACAUCCCAAUCCACAGUCACAGCCACAGCCACAUUCACAUCCGACCUGGUUAUGCUGCAUGGUUCUAGUCAAACGAGCCACGCCAGUACCUACCCGACCCUGCUGACAUCGGAACAGUUCGGCUCGACGGCGGAGCUGCUGCCGCCGGCAAAGUUCCGGCGACGGCCCCACACGAAGCACAGCUGGAAGUGGAAGUGGGACUAUGUGAAGAAGUUUACGAUCAUCAACGAGGGCGGGCGGCUGGUGAAGAAGCUGAAGCAGCCCACCUUCCUUGGCCUGCGCGAUCUCUCAAAGCUGGACAUGUGGACGCAGCUCACGAUGCGCCAGAAGCACGAUGUCUCGCUCGCCAUCGCCCGCAGCUGCAAUGGCGGUGGGGGGGCGGAUGGGUAUGGGGAUAGGGACCGUAAUCACAGGCAGCUGGAGCAGCAGCGUCUGCUCGAGCAGCUCAAUCUCAUACUGGACCACCGUCUGCUGCCGCACAUCAUCCUCGAGCAGAACGAGCAGGCGGUGAUUAAGUGCGAGAGCGAGGAGGACCCCAACCUGGCGGACUACGGAUGUGUCCAGGGGACGAUCCAGGAGGAUCUACUGGCCCAGAAUUUCGCCGACGAGAGUUUUCUCUCUCUGCUCCAGCUCCAGCCGCGGCAGGGGACCAGCCCCGAAAGGAUCAUGAUCAGGGACAGAGAACGGGAACGGGACCGAGAACGGGACCAGGACCAGGACCAGGACAAGAAGAUGACAUUUUCUUCGUUGGUGCUGAGCGGAGAGUGGGCGCGACCACGCCUCUAUCUGUGCAUUUGCUGCGGGGCCAAGUUCGAUCAGCGAAAAUCGCUGGAGGAGCACAAGACGUUCCGUCACUCGCACAUCUAUGCCACGCACUACGAGGUGGUGGGCAGGGAGCUGCUGGCGGGGAACCUGCUGCGCCACCUCUUCAUACCCAAGCGGGCGCUGGGCCGGUUCGCGGCGGAGAGCAACUGCGUUCGCUGGCCGCAGCACAAGCAGGAGGAGCGCGUGCAGCCCGAGGAGGAGACCACCUCCUCGUCCACCUCCUCCAGAUCAUCGUUCGAGGCUUCCACACCGACGCCGACGCCCACGCCCAUGUCCAAUCUGGAACACCAGCAGCCAUCGCCCGCUUCCGGGACAGGGACGACCUCCUCCUCUUCGUCCUGUUCGCCGAGCUCGUCCUCCAACUCCACCUCGCACUCCCAUUCCCAUUCGCAUUCUACCUCCACUUGCACGGCCACCACGUCGUCCUCUUCGGCUCCGUUGAGCUGCACGAAGUGCGGACGAAAGUGCAGCGGCCUUAUGGAUCUCUACCGCCACAUGCUGGACUGCUCCGGCGACUACAUCUGGUCGCUGGCCAAGAAGCGGAAAUACCGCUACUACUGCGGCACCAAGAAGCGUCGCCCCUGCUCCAAGAGGCCGCUCAAACAGUUCUCCAGCCGGAAGAAGGAAAAGCUCGAGGACUCUCUGGAGGGCGACGCCGAGGGAGAGGCAGAGGCGGAGGCCGAAAACGAGGACGAUGGCGAUGGCGAGGCGGAGGGCGAGGGCGAGUGCGAGGAGAGCGGCUCCAAUUCGUCGAAGAUGAAGAACUCCCCCCGCCAGAGACCCAGCGAUGCCGAGUCCAUACGGAAAAUGCUGGAGAACUUGCCCCCCAAGCGCGUCUGCAAGAAGAUCUUCCCUGUGGACAACAAGGCCAAGCGCAAGUCGAAGAACAAGUCCAUGUCCAAGUCCAUGUCCAAAUCCAUGUCCAAGUCCAUGUCCAUGUCCAUGUCCAAGUCCAUGUCCAUGUCCAUGUCCAAGUCCAAGUCCAAAUCCAUGUCGAAGCAGCAGAGGAGCACAAAGAAGAUAUACAAUCAGCACCUCCUACGCAACACCCGGUCCUCGGUGGUGGCCGCCGCCUCCGCUGCUGCCGUGGCAGCAUCGCAACAGAAGCGAUGCCGCCGCAAGCAGAAACAACAGCAACAGCAACUGCAGAAGAAGCAGCAGCAACAAAAGUCAAAAUUGGCCACCGGAGGAGCCAAAUCCCCCACUCCAUUGUCAGCCAUUGAGUCAGAGUCACAGCCGAAGCCGGAGCCACAGCCACAGUCACAGUCACAGCCACAGCCGGAGGUAAAGCCCCCAGCCACAUUCACUGCCAAUUCAAGAUCUCUCGUUGAGGCCAAGCCGGCGCUGGCGCUCCUUCAAGUUGCGAAUCCCGAUAAAGUGCCUCCACCGCCCAUUCUGGAGCUGGAGCUGGACCUGGUGCCAUGCACAAGGCACGAUGCUCGCGAGGCCGCCUCGCCCACGCCCAGCAAGCAGCUGAUGCCCACGCCGCCGACCACGCCUGCUCCGGCCAUCAAGUCGUCGCCAGUGGCGCCGCGCCUCUCCUCCGCCAGCAGUCGGCAGCCCAGCUCAAAUGUGGGGGUGAAGCGCAGCAAGAGGAUUAGCGACUGCAUCGCCAUGCUCACGGGGAAGCUCGAGGAAAAGAUGAAGACUGAGCAGGUGCCGCUGCCGCCACCGCCAAGGCCAGCGCCGCCGCCGCCGCCGCCACAACCGCCGGCGCCCGAGAAAGAGGAGGAGAAAGACUGCAAGACGCUGACCCCGAGAGCUGUUGCAGAGAAGGAGCUGCCGGAGGCGAAAACGCCCAAGCGGAAGGCCAUGUCGCGGCGCAUCAUCAAAGUGGAUGCCACACUGGGGCCCAGGCACGAGGCAGAGCAAGCCGAGCCGCUGGAUAAGCCGCAGGAGAAGCCUCUGGCUGCGGCUGCAGAGCCAGUGCCAGUGCCAGUCCCAGCGCCCGCUGCCGUCUCUCCGCCAGAACUAGCGCCAGUUGUGGCUGUUGCAGUUCCUGCACCUGCUCCUGCACCUGUUCCUGUUCCCGUUCCUCAUCCCAUUCCUGCUCCUUCUAUGGUUCUUGCAGUUCCCGUUGCUGCCGUGACCUCUGCAGCUCCCACAUUUGGUGGCAUUCCGCGGCGAACCCCCACCAAGGCAGCAAGCAAGCAAUUGGCAGUCCCCCCGACGCCCCCCUCGCCGACGGUGGCUGCCCUCAAGCUGUAUCCAGCAGAACAGCAACCACAGCCAUUGGCCCCACCGGUGCCCUUGCCCGUGCCCGUGCCCCAUGCCGCUGGGCCCAUGCCUCUGGGCCUGCAGGGGAUGGGUGCUCCGUCGGGGUCCGUUCAUGGCAACAUGAAUCUGCUGCCGAAACUGCCCUUGUAUCUGCCGCCUGCCCAGCUCCAUCCACACGCAAACCCAAAUCCGAAUUCGAAUCCAAAUCCGAAUACGAACGUCAAUCCCAUCAUGUACGUGGUGGAGCCGCAGCCGCUGAACCUGACCAGCCAGCGCGGAUGCCUCCAGAAGCCAAUGCUGCCGAGCACCGAACGCGGCGACGGCUGCCACACGGGACUGCACCAUCGCUCGAGUGGAAUGCCCGCCCGGCGGCAGACCAUUUGCGGCUUCGAGGCACGCAACGUGCUGGCCCUGGAGAUGGACAUGGACAAGCCGCUCGACUUGUCCCAGAAGUCGGCGAGGAAAUCUUCACCAGCGCCGGUUGCGGCUCCAAUGCGGGUUCCCCAGGAGAUGGCGAUGCCCAUGCCGCUGCCGAUGCCGAUGCCCAUGCAGAUUCCGAUGCCUCUGCCGAUGCCGAUGCCGCUGCCCCUGGUAACAGCUCCUGCCGGACCAGCUGCUCCUCCACUGCAAGCUCUUCCAGGGCCCGUUCCAGCUCCAGUUCCAGUUCCUCUUCUCGGGCCAGCGGCUGGUGCAGCUCUCGGGCCGGUUUCAUUGGCCUCGCACUACUACUCGAACCUGGACCUGCUCAAGAUACCCCAAGUGCGCAAUCCUGGCACUGGCACUGGCACAGGGACUGGCACUGCCACGGGGACUGCCACUGGGGCUUCCCCAUCCAAUGUGAUCCUCGGUGGCGCUGCCACCAUCCCCGUGCAUCUGCCCAAAGCAACGGGCGGAAAGAAACGCUCGGUUGAGGCGUCGGGCGGCAAGAAGGAGUACGGCGGCAAGGGCCUGCCGAAGGGAUGCCUGCGCAUGGACGAGGUGGUCAACAAUCACAUUGACGACGCCAUCAAUUCGGUCAUCCUGGCGGUCCAAGCCAGUCUGCCCGACGACGACGACGACAAGGAGAGCGAAAAGGCGCCGCCACAAGUCCUUCAUCCGAGCAGGCCGAGCAACUACAUCGUCGCCACGGCUGCCGCCACAGCUGCCGUCACAGCCACCACCGCUGGCAUGAUAUUUGCCCCGACCUCGAUGGGGGAGAAGGGUCUGGCCAGUUUAGCCGGCGUUCCGACUGUUCCGGCUGUUCCUUCUCCCGCUCCACCCCAGACGGCAGCAUCAGUGAAGGCUCUUCUGACGCCAAAGAAGCGUUCAAUGCGCUCCAAGACCAUCGACUGCCGUUCCGCUUCGCUCGCCCCGGAAGAGCCUCCAGUGGAAGCACAGCUGUAUGGCGUCCAGUCCCUGCCGCCAGUCAAUGGAGAGACCAAGACGGACGGACGUCUGCCUGCAGUUUACUCGAAAGUAUCCGCACCCGCGUCCCAGGCACCGGUGACGCUUGUGGAACCUCCUCCGCCUGUUGAAUGCAUAAAGGAACAUACGCCGGAGCCAGAUCCGGAGCCGGAGCUGGAGAGAGAGCUGCAGCUGGAGCUGGAGCCAGAGGUGGAGGUGGAGCCCGAGCCCGAGCCAGAGCUGCCCGCUCUGUCUGCUGCUGAUCCUUUGCCUGUCGUGGAGAUGGUCCCACUGUCGGCGCCCUCUGUGGCCGUGUCCGUCAUUUCCAUUGCUCCGGCACUCCCAGCCCUGCCGCCCCUGCCUCCGCGCAGUGUGACGCCGACGCCCACGGUCGAGACGAACUGCAGCUCGCUGCUGGAGGAGCACAGCAGCAACAUGAACAACAACACCUCCUCGGGCUUCCACAGCCUGGCGCAGUCCGAGCUGCCCAGCGUCCAGGAUCAGUCGGCCACGGCGGCGAGUACCCUGGAGGCGACUGAAGAUCUGCCGGCGCAGGAGCAGGUGCAGGUGCAGGAGCAGCCGCAGGAGGAGGAGGAGCAGGCUCCGGUCACAAAAAAGAAGCAGCGACGGCGCAGGAAGAACGAGCUGGCGGCCAUUGUGGCCGACCAGCUGCUGGAGAGCUUUAAGAUCGACAACGCCCGCCGAGACAACCUCAAGAAGCUGGAGAACCUGGCCUACGAGAAGAGCGAGGACCUGCUGCUGACGGGCAUGCUGCUCAUGUCCAGCACCAAGCGGAACGCGGCCAUGGCCCCCGCCCUGUCCACCGCAUCCACAUCGAAGCCGUCUCGGAACGCGACUGCGCGAGAGGCGCCAGAGGCGGCUCCAGCUCCGGCGACGGCGACGGCGCCGGCCCUUCCUGUCAGGGGAAGGCCGAAGCGGCGACAGAGCUGCUACUACCGCAGCCGGGGCAAGGGGGCGGGCGGAAAGGCGACCAACGAGAACAUCAGCAUGCUCAAGUCGACCCUGGAGUCCUUCUCGAUCGGGAUCGAGAAGCAGCUGCUGGCCAAGGAGGCGAAGGAGGCCAAAGAGGCGGCCGCCCAGCCGGCAGUGCCGCCGGCCGCCUCCAUACUGCGGCCGAGCAUCCUGAGCAGCGCCGCCAAGAAGCAGAUGUACCAGAAGCGGGAGGCGGAGCUGGAGCUGGAGCUGCAGAAGGAGAAGGAGCGGGCAGUUCCGGCCACGGCGGCCACCUUCAGCCGGGAUCCUCGCCUGAACAAGAACAUACACAAGGAGCAGCCGGAGCAUGUGCAGGCCACAACCUCGGCCCUGGCCGCGGCCGUGCCGGCGGCGGGCGACAGCGUCGAGGAGGAGGACAACUACCUCACGGAGAUCGCGAAGAACGUGAACGAGAAGAUCAUGUCGGCCACCACCAACGAGGACUUCGAGUUCGCCCACGACGAGUUCGACCAGGGGGAGCAGGACGGCCGCAUGGACCCCGACCAGGACAAGUUCUACCGACCGCAGACGUCCAUGAGUGUGCGCAGUGCCCCCAACCUGAACGACGAGCACUCGAACUUCGGCUCCAUCUGCGACGAGAACACCAACACGGAGCUGAUGGACAUGGACCUGGACGACGAGAUGAGCGUCUACACGAGCUACUCGCAGGACCUGGGUCGCGGCGGGCGUGGCCGGCGACGCCGGAGGCGGCGUAGCGUCCUCCUCACGCGGCCCAAGAAGCGCACGCAACGCAGCCUCGUCGAUGCGGAAAAGUACUCGUGCUCCCUCUGCGGCAAAAGCUUCUUCACGGCCACCUCUCUGUCCAAGCACAACAUGACCCUGGCCCACGUCUCGAAGCUGUCCGAGCAGGAGUACCUUCAGUCGCAGACGGCGCCAUCGAGUCCACGCCACCUCGAGGUGGAGCCGGACCUGGACCUGGACCUGGACCUGGACCUGGACCAGGGGCGUGGCCAAAUGCAAAUGCACCAACACCAGCUCCAGCAAGAUCCACCGCCCAUGCAGCAGAUUCGGGCCUCAGUUCUAAUGCCGCCCUCCCAGAUCAUCCCCCAUGUGGAGCACCAGCCGGAGCAGCAGCAGUACCAGCAGCAGUUGAACGAGCAAGUGCAUCAUGUCAUCACCGAGGCCAGCCUGCGGCUGCACGACAACCAGCACAGUCCCUCGGGAACCUCCGCCGCCCGCCUCAAUCUCAACCCAGACGAGCGGCUCUUCUACGAGUGCUGCAACAUCCUCAAGAGCGCCGAGACGCCUCGCCUGUCGAGCUCCACCACGGCGGGUGCGGGUGCGGGCGCUCCAGCUCAACCAACCUCAACCGCCAUUCCGGCCACGACGUCCGUGAUCGUUACUGCCGGGCGGAAACAGCCGCCACCGCCACAGCCUCCGCCACCUGCACCGCUACCGCCUCCAGCAUCGCCCUCGCUAUCGCCUCCUGCCUCGCCCUCUUCCUCGCUAUCCCCGCCAGCUUCACCGUCGCCAUCGCCAUCUCCACCGCCACCUUCGUCGCCGUCGCCACUGCCGCCCUCGCUGCCGCCUCCAGCGCUAGAGGCGGUGGUCUGCCAUCAGCCGGUCAUCCAGCAGCUGUUCCGGAAUCCGCCCGCUGUCACACCCACAACAACUCCCACCAGGAACCACAAUCGGAUGUCGCCCGGCUACUCGGCCAUCUCGCAGUUCUCGGCGACCACCUCGCGGUUCAAGACGAAGGCCGCCAUGAAGGGCUACGAGAACGUCAACCUGCAGCUGGACAUGGUGGAGCUGGUCAAGACCGGGCGUGGCGUCUGCAAGCUCACGGAGCUGGCGGACAUCGCCCUGGGCAGCGAAAAGCCUGGCGGCGACUUCAUGCCGCACCUUUCACAAGGCGUUCUGCCCGGUCCCAGCGUUACAGCAGCGGCUACGCCUCCGUCGGCCAGCCACCACCAUAUGCACCACCACCAGCAGCAGCAGCAGCACCACCAGCACCAGCAGCAGCACCACCAGCAGCCGCCGCCAACGCCCACAGGCCACACUCGGACCACGACGACGACGACGACGCCGACGCGACCGGUGGAACAGCAGAGCUCGACUUCGUCGAAAACGAUCAUGCACGCGUCCAUCAUCAAGGCUGCGGCGGGCGUGGCCAGCUCGGCGACACUGCCGCCAGCUUGCGGUCGGAUCAUCAUACCAGAGCGGCCGUUCAAGAAUAUCGGGCUGGAGGAAAAGGCCAGCAUCACGUUCCAGAAGCCGAAGACGUGCGUGAACCUGCUCCAGGAGCAGGACAACAACAGCGUUUCCACCGCCAGCUACUCGGACCGGGACGACUAUGACUUCGGGACGCUGAGCUGCGACGGCGACGUGGAGCCGGAGCCUGAGCAGGAGCAGAUGGUGGAGCCAGACGCCCGAUGUGGGGUCAGGACGGAUGCUAGAGUUGCGGUGGCGGGGCCGCCGGGGGCUGGGGCAAGGGCUGUGUCCUCGUCCAGCUCGUCGACGUCCUCGUCCUCGACGCAGGAGAACACACGCAGUCGGAGCAGGAGCAGCAGCAGCAGCUCCAGCCGAGCCACGGCCAAGACGUUCGAGAACAAGUCGCUGAUCAUGGGCCGCAUCUUCAAGCACGCCAGCACCAAGGCGGCAGCAGCAGCAGCGGCGACUCCGCUGCAGCAGCUCUCCACUCCGAUGGCCGGGUCGGCGCUGGCCAAGAACAAGGCGUUGCCCAAGAACCAGGCCAAUCUGGACCAGAUCUUUGAUGAGCUCCGUGGUGGAGGGGCGGCCAAGGUGCCAGAGGUUGAGUCCCCAGUGGGUCUGGAGAACUGGAAUCGGGAUGGGGAUCAUCCCCAACUGCAUGCCCACCCCCACCCCCACCCCCACCCGCACCCGCACCCAAACACCCAGCCGCACCAUCAGCAGGAGCCCAUGUCGGCGCCGGUAGUGCCGACCAUGCCAGCAGCCAUGCCCGCUCCAAGUGCCCUGCCGCGCAGCAGGACCAAAAAGGCCAAAACAGGUCCUCCGGCUAAUUCCCCCAAGAGUAGCAAUAGCAAGCCGCCAGAGGUGUCGGCCGCGACCACUGCCCCCGCCACAGCCCCGGCCUCUCGGAAGCCCCGCAAGGAUCUGACAAAGCUGCAGUCGGAGCUGGGCAUGAGCCCGGAGGAGAUCGAGCAGCUGAUCGACGAGGGCCAGCGCAAGUCCAAGCGCCGCUGUGCCACCAACCGGGCCAAGAAGCUGGUGGAGACGUGGAGCUCGGACGAGUACGAGGAGUUCCUGUCCACCAAGGACAUAAUAGCCCUCAUCGAGCAAAAGGAACAGCAGGAGCAGCGCCGCAAGCGCAAAACGAGCGAGGCAAACGCCCAUCCAGAGCCAAUUUGGGCACCAGUGACGCCCAAGAAGACCCCAACGCCCUCCGUGAUCGCCAGGCGCAAGAAAAGCGCCGCGAAGAAGCCGCCAGCGGAGCUGGAGCAUCCAAAGCCGGCGACCACAGCCAAGGCACGGCAGCGAGCUAAGCCGAAUCCUCGGCCUCCCCCUGCCCCAGAGCCGCCUCCGAAGACGAAGUCUAAAUCAAAAUCGAAAGCUCCCACCAAGGUUAAGACUCCAGCGGCCACAAAGUCUGCCAGCUCGAGGAAGAGGCGCGGCAACGGCAACGGCAUAGAGAACGACAGGGACAAGUCGGUUGAGCCCAAAGUAGAGCCACCGGCCAGGACGCGCAGCUCCAGGCAGCAGACCAAGACCCUCGACGUCCCAUUGGGGGAAGAGCCAUUACAGCGGGAGCCGCAGCAGCAGCCGCAGGCCUUGCCCACGCCAACGCCGACCACACAGCGGUCCAAGUCCCGCAGCAGCAACAGUAUAGCACCUCUGCCGCCUCUACCGCCUCCGCCAGCCAGGAGCAGCUCCACCUCCACCGCCACCGCCACAACCAACAGCAACAACAACAACAACAACAGCAGCAGCAACAAUAACAACAACAACAGCAGCAGCAGUAACAAGAAUCUGAAGACGAAGCGGAAAUCCCAGGCGAAUAAACAGUCGCCGGCGAGGCGAAAGCGACCGGCGAGCGAGAAGCAACUGUACUACUGGAGCAGCUCCAGCGACGACGAGUUCGGGCGCGUCGAGGCCGAUGGGGAGCAAGAUGCAGCGGUGCUGAGGGAGCAGCAGAAACAGGAGCGACAGCAUCCAGAGCCGCCGGCGGGGAAGCACUUUGAGGAGAGCGAGACGUACCAGAAGCACGGCUGGAUAGUGGGGGACUCGCACAAGAAGCUGGUCAAGCUGCUGGCCAUCGCCAAGGGCAGUAAAAAGGUCGAGAAUUGCGGUGUGAAGCGCCGGACGCCCAAGCGCAAGUGUUAGGAGCCGGAGCUGGAGCUCCAACGGGGGGAGCGGACGGAACUGAAGUCAAAUCACAGCCAUUAGCCAUACCAUAGGCCCACAGAAGGCAGCAGCGGCGCGGGCAGCCAAUAUAUCGCUGCCAUCGAUCACAUACUGCCAUUAUGUCGUCGUUAAUCGUUAUCGUUAUCGUCAUCGUCAUCGCCAUCGAGCAGCAUCUCCUCUCCCUCUCCGUUCCCCUCCCUCCUCUUUCCGGCAGGUGGCAGGGGCCCUCAGCAACCGCUUGCGGAGUAUAUACAAAAUAUUUUUUCUUUCUUUUAAACAUCUAAGCGUUACAUUAUUUAGGUUUUUUUUUUUUAUUAAAUGUAUUUAUAAUUAAUAAAACGAACAAAAAGCAAACAAAAAACCGAAAAACCAACAAAUACACAUACAUUUGAGCACAACAA